AUGUCCGACGGUUUUGCUCUAAGCCUACGUUGGCACUUCAGUUUUCUGGAAGUCAAUCACAUAGAUGUGUUGAAGGUUCUGGAGCUGUCAGACAGGAUGGAGGGUGUAUCCCUAGAGGCGGGACUCUGCACAAGUAGGCGGGGCAUAGAGGAGACAGAUCUCUCAUACAGGAUCGACAAGAAAAUACAAAUCAGUGUUCCAACCACGCAACUGUUCCCAGACUCUGAUUUCCCAGUGGAUUUCUCUGUAAUGGUAACGGUGCGCGUGCAGCGUGGGGCUCAGUGUUUCCUGCUGAGUGUGUAUGAUGGUGAGGGGAUACAGCAGUUGGGUUUGGAACUGGGCCGCUCUCCUGUCUUUCUGUAUGAGGACCAGAAUGGCCAGCCCACACCGGACCAGUACCCCAUCUUCAAAAAGGUCAACCUGGCAGAUGGCAAAUGGCACAGGCUGGCAUACAGUGUGGAGGGCAAGAAGGUCACUAUGUACCUGGACUGCCAAAAGGUGGCAACCCUUGACCUCCCACGAGGUCACGACCCCAAGGUCAGCACUGAUGGCGUCACAGUGUUUGGGACAAGGCUACUGGAUGAGGAAGUUUUUGAGGGGGAGAUCCAGCAACUUCUGAUCGUACCAGAUCCCAGUGCUGCAGCAGAUUAUUGUGUGAACUACAUCCCUGACUGUGACUCCGCCCUCAUCUACAGCAGUCUGUCACUGGAUCCAGAGGAGGUGGAGAGAUUACCUAAGAAGCCUGUUGUAGAGGAGUAUGAUGACAGUUUCUUCAAAGACCUGUAUGAAGAUCUCUCAGUCUCCACCGUCACUGCCGGCUCCAACCUCACAGAGUACGAGAUCGUUGAGUAUGAGGAGUAUGAUAACGGAUCAGAGGAGUACGUUGUUAAGGAGUAUGAGGAGUAUGAGGAGUACUAUGAUCCAUACAGGUUUGCAGAGAGAGAGCGAGAGCACCUAUCCCAGGUUUCCUCUGGGCCAGAGAAAGGACAGAAGGGAGAGCCGGCUGUUCUGGGACCAGGCACUCUGAUUGAAGGACCCGCUGGACUGAUUGGCCCUGAGGGGCCACCAGGCGAGCCAGGUCCUAUGGGCCCUCCAGGGCCUCGAGGAGAUCCGGGAGAUUUGGGUCCCCAAGGCCGACCCGGACUCGCUGGGGCUGAUGGGAUACCAGGUCCUCCAGGCACCAUGCUCAUGUUGCCGUUCCAGUUUGGUGGGGACGCCCUGAAGGGGCCCGUGGUGUCGGCACAAGAGGCCCAGGCUCAGGCCAUCCUACAGCAAACUAAGCUGUCACUGAAAGGACCUCCAGGGCCUCUGGGGCUGAUGGGUCGUCCUGGUCCCGUGGGUUCACCUGGCCCUACAGGACUGAAGGGGGACAGUGGAGUUUCGGGCCCUCCGGGCCCUCGUGGAAUACCAGGACCUCCAGGGAUCAGUGGGAGGCCAGGGAAAAGGGGUCGUGCAGGAACUGAUGGCAACAGAGGAGAGCCUGGAGAAACUGGAACUAAGGGUGAUAGAGGGUUUGAUGGUUUGCCUGGACUUCCUGGAAAUAAAGGACACAGGGGAGAGACAGGAAAGCGAGGUCCACUUGGCCCACCAGGAGCUCCUGGAGACAAGGGUUCAGAUGGGCAGCCUGGACCGAGGGGACAACCUGGUGAACCUGGUUUGCGUGGCCUAAAUGGGCCAAGAGGGAAUCCUGGUCCUCCAGGUCGUGCUGGUGUUCGAGGUGUUGAUGGAGUUCAGGGGUCAAAGGGCAACUUGGGACCACCUGGUGAACCUGGUGCUCCAGGACAACAAGGCAACCCUGGAAUACUGGGCUUUCCUGGUCUUCAGGGCCCCAUAGGAGUGCCAGGAGUGAAGGGACCACAGGGGAAGAAUGGGAUGAGAGGCCUGCCUGGUAUUGAUGGCCCACCUGGUCACCCCGGCAGAGAAGGACCACCAGGAGAGAAAGGAAUGCCAGGAGCAACAGGUGUGCAGGGUCCUGUUGGAUACCCAGGAUCAAGAGGAGUCAAGGGUGCUGAUGGUCUGAGAGGUCUUAAGGGAAGCAAAGGAGAAAAGGGGGAGGAUGGGUUUCCUGGAGCUAAGGGGGAGAUGGGUGUGAAAGGUGAUGGUGGAGAUGCAGGACAACCGGGGGUCCGCGGUGAAGAUGGCCCAGAGGGUCCGAAAGGACAGGCGGGGCCCAUGGGAGAGCUGGGCCCGUCCGGCAUCGCCGGAGAAAAGGGUAAUCUGGGGGUUCCGGGGUUGCCAGGUUACCCAGGGAGACAGGGGCCUAAGGGUGCUGACGGCUUCCCAGGGGCAGUUGGGGACGUGGGAGAGAAAGGAAAGAAGGGUCCACCUGGUCAGGCUGGCGUCGCUGGACAGAGAGGUCCUAAUGGGGCUCGUGGAAGCAGGGGUGCUAGAGGACCAACAGGAAAAUCUGGAGCUAAGGGAUCCUCUGGCCAUGAUGGACCCUCUGGACCCACAGGGGAAAGGGGCCCUCAAGGACCACCUGGGCGGAUAGGUGAAACGGGCCCCAAAGGAGCGACUGGGCCCGCUGGGAAGGAUGGUCUGCCUGGUCAUCCAGGCCAGAGGGGGGAGGCGGGAUUCCAAGGGAAAACAGGGCCCCCCGGCCCCUCAGGUGUGAUCGGCCCACAGGGUAACACUGGAGAGACUGGACCAAUGGGUGACAGAGGUCACCCAGGGUCAGCGGGGCCACCCGGUGAGCAAGGUCUACCUGGAACAGCUGGAAAGGAGGGGGCAAAGGGUGACCCUGGAACUUCAGGAACCCCAGGGAAGAGUGGUCCUCCUGGUCCGAGAGGUUUCCGAGGGAGUCGAGGGGUCCCAGGCAACAUGGGUCCAGCUGGACUGAAGGGAGGGGAAGGUCCUGUCGGACCCUCUGGGCUUGUGGGGGCUACAGGUGAGAGGGGGCCCCCUGGUCGUGCUGGUGCAAUUGGUCAGCCUGGACGCACUGGGCCUGUCGGAGGACCUGGACCAAUGGGAGAGAAGGGAGAGCCAGGUGAAAAAGGUCCGAUUGGACCAGCAGGACGAGAUGGGGACCAAGGCCCUCUGGGACUGCCAGGUGCAGCUGGUCCACCAGGACCACCAGGGGAGGACGGAGAUAAGGGUGAGGUUGGUGGACCUGGUCAAAAAGGUAGCAAAGGAGACAAAGGAGAGCCCGGACCACCAGGGCCCCAUGGUACCCAAGGACCUGAGGGACAGCCGGGACUGCCUGGUCAAGAUGGAGUAGUUGGGCCUCCAGGCCAGCAGGGGAUGUACGGGCAGAAGGGUGAUGAGGGUCCCAGAGGUUUUAAAGGAGCUACAGGCCCUGUGGGACUGCAGGGAAUGCCAGGACCUACCGGGGAGAAAGGGGAGAGUGGGAACACAGGUCUGAUGGGUCCACCUGGUCAGUUAGGGCCCAGGGGCCCCCAGGGACCCACUGGUGGACAGGGUCCUCCAGGGAGACCAGGGAUGGUGGGACAGCCUGGUACUGUAGGAGAGAAGGGGGAGGAUGGUGAGGCAGGUGAUCCAGGACCUGUUGGUAUACCAGGCAGCCCAGGAGAGAAAGGAGAGUAUGGAGAGAAAGGGGACACAGGCCUUCCAGGAGCUGCAGGUCCCCCAGGGUCCAGGGGAGCAGCCGGGGAGGACGGAGCCAAAGGCAACCUGGGCCCCAUUGGUCUUCCAGGAGACAUGGGGGCUCCCGGAGAGACUGGUAUCAAUGGUGUGGAUGGAGAGCCCGGUUCAAAAGGAGACGCUGGUGACCCAGGGUUAGCUGGGCCACCAGGAGCCUCAGGAGAGCCAGGUCCCCCAGGACGACCAGGACGACGGGGUCACAUGGGGCCUGCAGGGAAGGAGGGAAAACCUGGAAUGAAAGGAGCAAAGGGAGCUCCUGGUUAUGAGGGCCCCCCAGGAAAGAUGGGGCCGGUUGGAGGCCAGGGGAGUCCUGGCAAGGCUGGGCCUCAGGGCCUGAGAGGAAUCCCAGGGCCAGCGGGAGAACAAGGCUUAAAUGGACCUCCAGGUCAGACAGGCCCCCCUGGGCCAAUGGGUCCACCAGGACUACCAGGAUUUAAGGGAGACCCAGGCAAGAAGGGCGAUAAGGGCCAUGGAGGUCUGAUCGGACUUAUUGGACCCCCAGGAGAACCAGGGGAGAAAGGAGACAGAGGAAUGCCAGGAAACCAAGGCCUGCAGGGACCCAAAGGAGACGAGGGGCCCGUUGGCCCCCCUGGUCUAAACGGACCUCCAGGUCCUCCGGGUCUGUCUGGCUCCAUGGGAGACAAAGGAUCAAAGGGCAAUCAGGGACCUACGGGGCCCAGGGGAGAUACAGGACCAGUGGGCCCCCCAGGACCUCCAGGCCCUGCCGCAGUGGGGAUGGUGCCCUUGCCUGCUGAGGGAGGCAGGAGGAAGAGAAGGAGACAUUCAAAGGUGGAUGGAGCAGCACUGGAAGACGGAGACGCAGAUGGAGAUAUGGAUGGAUAUGUGGAUGGAGGUCUGCAGGGGGAUGAGGCUGAAACGAAGGAGGAGAAGGAGAUGGAGGAGGUGUUUGCGUCUCUCUCGUCCAUGAGGACCGAGGUGGAAGGCUUGAGAACUCCGCUGGGAACAUACGACAGCCCUGCCCGAACCUGCAAGGAGCUGUGGAUGUGUCACCCUCAUUACACAGACGGUUUAUACUGGAUUGACCCUAAUCAGGGUUGCCAUAGAGAUGCCUUUAAAGUGUUCUGUAAUUUCACCGCUGAGGGAGAGACCUGCCUUAGGCCAGAGGUCAAGUUUGAAUCGGUCAGGAUGGCAGCAUGGAGCAAAGAGAAGCCUGGAUCCUGGUACAGCCAGUUCAGAAAAGGCUCUGAGUUCUCCUAUGCUGAUAUGGAUGGAAGGCCAGUGCAUGUGGUCCAGUUGAACUUUCUGAAGCUGCUCAGUGCCACAGCCCAUCAGAGUUUCACCUAUGUGUGUCAGAACUCGGUGGCUUGGUUUGACCGUCGCUCUCUCAGUCACGCACGAGCCCUGCGCUUCAGAGGCAGUGGCGGCGAUGAGCUCACCCAAAGCAACUCACAUUUCAUCCAGCCUCUGUAUGACGGCUGUCAGUCUGGGACAGGCCAGGAGCGGACGGUGCUGAAACUGGACUUUCCCCAUGCAGAUACGCUUCCCAUCCUGGAUGUAGCUGUGUCAGAUUUUGGGAACUCCAAGCAGAAGUUUGGCUUUGAGGUCGGGUCUGUGUGCUUCAAUGGCUAG